AUGUCACUGUCACUAUCACUCGCUCUUUUUUCACUUCUCUUUUUUCAAAUACCGACAACUGAUGCAAAAAGCAUUACGGUAUCAGUCAGGCAGUAUACUGGACUACGAAGAAGUGAUAUCCGAGGUGUUGAGAAUCAGUAUUACUACUUCCAAUUCUGCACAUGCCCGAAAUCCUUCACAGAUCGGAACCUACCUUCUCAAGUAAACAAGUGUACCUGUUCCGAUGCUCAAAAAGGCAAGAAACUGGAUGACUCCAUCCCCCAAGCCAAGUUUUUCUCCAGCUCACUCAAUUGUGGCACAGGUUCCUGUAUCAACGCAAAAAUUGACAAUGAGCAGGGUGAAACGUUGUUUGUCAAAGUGUUCAUUGGUUCUACAAUUCUCACCUAUCCAGAAUUCCAAAUGCUUCCGGUCAGGUCUACUAAGAGUGAUGUUAUCCUAAAAACCAAGAAGAGCUCAAAAAUCAGACUAACUUUCACUACUGAAACUGAUAAAGAUGAGCAGAGUUCUAGAACUGCAAUUGAGAGGACCCAUUGGAGCAAUUCCAUUCUUCAUGAUGCCAAAGGAGGAGCUCUCGACUUUUUCAGUAGACUUACAAACCAGAAGAAACUGGAUUUCAAGACUCCAUCAAUCCCACUUGAUACUGAUGUGAGAAGACUAAGUAAUAUCGGUGCAAUCAAAUCCUAUUUGUUCUCCAAAAGCAAAAUUGACAAACAGGAUCCAGCCCGUUACGAUAUUUCAAAACUCAAAGAAUGGCUUGUAUCCUAUCACAAUGUAUACCGAGCGAAACAUAAUGCUCCAGCCCUUAUCAAUGAUCUGGUUCUUGAAAGCCGUGGAAAACGAUGGGCUGAUGAACUGGCUUAUCAUAAAGGAUGUCUGGUUCACGAACAGCCAAGAACAUACGGUGAAAACCUGUUCUUCUUUGGUGCUCGUCAUCUUCCAUCGCCACAAACAUUGGCAGCUGCUAUCAUUCAAAGUUUCUAUCUUGAAGGGAUCGGAUACAACUAUUCAAGCUGGAAACCAAUGUCAUUCUUCAAAACUGGUCACUUCACACAACUCAUCUGGAAAGAUUCUCGCAAGAUUGGAGUAGGAGUCUCUAUUGUGAAAUCCAGCUCAAUCCGAUCUCAAUGUGUCUCCUCGUCACCCAAUAUGUACUUCAUUUUUGUUGUCGUCAAAUAUGAUCCAGCUGGAAAUUUUGAAUCUCAGAAAUCAUAUUUGAACAAUGUGGAACGACCGGUUGCAUGA